AUGGCCGCCGAGCUAACCUCUAUCAAGCUCAACCCAGAGAGCCACCUGAUCUUAGACCAGCCACUCCUGCGCCUGCCACAUGAACUAGCCCGCCGCAACUUCAAGACAGUCCAACGGGUCGUCGAGCGCGAAAAAGAAUAUGUCCUGCCAGCGCUCAAAGAGGCGGCGAACGCCUCGCUAUCGAACACCCACACGCCGGACCAGACCCUCGCCGCACUGGACGCCAUGAUAUCCCGCAUGCAAGGACUGAAACGGAAGAUGCAGAGUCUGCAGGAGGAGGAGAAGAAGAUCCAGACCCAGUCUCGGAAACGGAUCCAGCACCUGGAGACGCUGCACAAGAUUCCCAGUUUGGCGGAUGUCAAGUAUGACCAGUGGUCGCGCGUGCGGCUGGAUCGGUUGCUGGUGGACCAUAUGCUGCGGUCGGGAUACUCGGAGAGUGCGAGCCAACUAGCGAAAGAACGGGAUGUCGAGGAUUUGGUCGAUCUGGAGGUGUUUACGCAGUGCCAGCGGGUUGUGGAGAGCUUGCAGCGCGGGGAGACGAAGGAGGCGCUACAGUGGUGUGGCGAGAAUAAAGCUGCUCUUAAGAAGAGUCAGCACAAUCUCGAAUUCGAGCUCCGGCUGCAGCAGUAUAUCGAGAUGGUUCGGACACAAGACCAGUCGAAGAAGAUCGAUGCCAUCAACCACGCCAGGAAGUAUCUGGUCUCCUACCAAGAUCCCGACAGCAAGGAAAUCCAACGAGCAGCGGGUAUGCUUGUCUUCGCCCAAGAUACGAGGGCGGAGCCCUACAAGACAUUCUUCUCGCAAGAUCGGUGGAGGUUCCUAUCAGAUCUAUUCGUCAAAACUCACCACGAGCUGCUAUCCCUGCCAUCGCAGCCAUUAUUGCACAUCGCCCUAUCCGCGGGUCUGUCCGCGUUGAAGACACCCUUGUGCCACUCCGCCUACACCUCGUCCAGCUCCAACUCACAGUCCACGACGACCUCCGUGUGCCCCAUCUGUUCGACAGAACUGAACGAGCUGGCGCGCAAGAUGCCGUACGCGCACCACUCCAAGAGCUACGUGGAAGGCGACCCGAUCGUGCUGCCCAACGGCCGCGUCUACGGGAAGGCACGGCUGAUGGAUAUCAGCAAGAAUGUCGGGUCGGUCGAGUCAGGCAAGAUCAAGGACCCGACGACGGGCGAGGUCUUUGGCGAAGACGAGAUGAAGAAGGUGUACAUCAUGUAG